AAGUAAUGAUUAGUUUGGAGGAUGCUGCUCCCCAAAGGACUCAGUUAUUUGCAAGUGACCACUGCUGAAUCUGAUAUAAGGAGCAUUCUGGCUGUGUCUCAUCUGAUAACUGAGAACGCAAUGAAGUCCUGGUGUCUUGCUUUCCUCUGCUUGGCAUGUUUCUGCCAUGGCGCUCUGUCCUGCCCAGCACUUUGCAAAUGCUACCACAGAAGAGCUGAGGUGGUCUGCAACGAGGUUCCCCUGACGGAGUACCCCUCCGAGGGUCUCCCAAAGAACACCACCCUGCUGACCAUCCAGUUCACGAAUAUCACCUCCAUCUCCGAGCAGCACCUGAACGCCACGCCCCUGCUGCAAGGGCUCCAUCUGUACAGCAACCACCUGCAGAACCUUCCCUCUCAUCUCCUAAGAGGUGUUCCUCAUGUCGACACUUUGGACCUCACAGACAACAAGCUGUCUGACCUGCCUGCGGACAUCUUCAGCCACGCUUCGCUCCGCAACCUGGUGCUGAAGAAUAAUUUGAUUGAAAAAGCUGAUGCCAACUGGCUCUCUGAUAACAGCAGCGUCACCUGGUUGGAUUUAUCUGGGAACAGUUUAAAAAAGAUCCCGGCUGCUCUGCUGCAGAAGCUGCCCCACCUGGACAAUCUGGACCUCGCCAACAACCACCUGGAGUUUAUCUCUGCUGAUUCUCUGGACCGGAUGACCAAACUUGAGAGGCUUAACUUGAGAAACAACAAGCUAAACACCCUGGAUGCAUCUAUAUUUCAGAGCACCCAUAACCUCACCUCUCUGUUCCUCUCUCGGAAUAAGCUCAACAAACUUCCCCAAGACCUUUUCCAGGGGCUCGCUCAGCUCAAAUACCUGAGUAUGGAUGACAACCAGCUGAGCCACAUCCCCACAGGUCUGUUUGAUCCUCUGAGCUCCCUAGACGAGGACGGGCUGGACCUGACCGACAACCCCUGGCUGUGUGACGGGAAGGUGGAGUACCUCUGGAGGUGGCUUCAGAAGAACAAGAAGAUGGUGUUCCUGCCAGAGACCGUCACAUGUGCCAAACCGCCGUCUCUAGUGGGGCGCUCAGUGAUGUCACUGACAGAAAGUGAACUAAACCUUCAGUCUUAAUAUCCUCUGUCCUCAUACUGGUUGUUAUCUGACAUGGUGAUGUACCCUGUCUUAGCUUUCUUACUUUUCAAUCACAAAAACAUUCUCUUUUAUCGAAUGUAUAAUUAAAUAUGAUACAAGUAAAGAGAGCUUUCAAGA